UAGGAGUUUUUAAACAUUGAUCUGUGCAAUGUCAGAUUCAAACACGUUGCAUAUUGUUCUGCGAAGUAUUGAUAUGCAGGCCCGUCGACCUUGCCGUCAUCAUCAUUUAACCCGCCUGCCCGUGUAAGUGUAACUAUGUAAAUCAAUAUGGCGACGUCUUUGAGAGUUUGGGACAGGUUAUUUCAAGGAAAGAUGCUUUGGGUUUUAUUGAUUUCAUUGCAUUUUCAGCGGACUUUGCAAAUGGAAGAAGAUCCCUUGGAUGUGCUGUUAGCUUCGUACAGAAAUCGUCGAGAAAUUACAUCGAAAAUUCGCAAAUUUGACCAUCAUCGUCACGUGAGGGAUUGUCAGCCGAUUUUAUACGGAAACACGACAUUCGAAACUUACUCUGUUGCGAAAAAAACAAAGCAAAAGAAGACUCCAUACGUGUUCAAUUCAUUCUUUAAAAAGGUGAAGACAUCGAAGGGAGAUAAUUAUGUGAAUGGACAUAUUGUUACAAUCUCAAAUCCAUUUGAAAGUUUAUCUGUCCUUGAACCCCAGAAGCCAGGAGGAUGUGCGGGAAAUCUACGAUCAACUGUGGCCAGAACAUCAGAGCAAAUGAAUUGUCGGUUUUCAGUGAAUGCUGGUUUCUUCAAUACACGCGAUGGCAGUUGCUUGGGUAAUAUCGUUAGUAAUGGAAAGCUUGUCAGGGAUGCAAAAGGCAUGCAAAAUGCCAACUUUGGGAUACUCAAAAAUGGCAGUCUUGUUGUGGGUUAUCUGUCUGAACAUGAUGUAACCCCUGGGAAUGGUGCUUCAGAGUAUUACCAGCUGGUGACAGGUGUCAUUUGGAUAUUAAGAAAUGGAAAGUUGUAUGUCAAUGAGAGUAUCAAGGCAGAAUGCCAAGAUACAGAGGAGACUGGCACACUCAAGCAGUUUGCAGAAGUUUUAUCAGGCAGAACAGCUGUGGGACAUGAUAAGAAAGGACGAGUGAUUAUUGUACAAGUUGAUGGAAAAACACAUCACAGAGGACUGACUCUUUAUGAUUUUGGCAAAAUCUUGAAGUCUUAUGGUUUGGUGAAUGCAAUCAAUCUUGAUGGAGGAGGUUCAACAACAUUUGUUGAGAAUGGCAUGCUCAUCAAUUAUCCAUCCGACCAAUGUAAUGGUUAUCUCUGUGCAAGGAAAGUGAGUACAAUACUGUGUGUUCAUGACAAAGUGUGCAGCCCACCUGACUGCAAUGGACAUGGUGAAUGUGGAAGCAAAGGCCAAUGCAUAUGCAAAGAUCCAUGGAGUGGACCAUCAUGUUCACAACAAAGAUGCAGUGGAAUGUCAUGUGAUAAAAUAAAUGCCACAGAAGUCAUCUUGCCCAUUUGCAAUAGCUCAAUGGCUGGGAAUUGUUCAAUGCCUUCAAGAAAUGAAACAACUAAAGAAAUAAUCAAAAGAUUUUUGAUCAAAAACUAUGCAUGGAUGGAUGCUCUUCUUGUCAUAAGCCUGUUAGUCAACUUCAUAAUGCUAUUUGUGACGUUUUGUGGAAGAUCUGCAGAUAGAAUUGUUGUUUCUCGAAGACCUGGCAAAUCUCGUAGGGAGGAUCAGAUGAAUUUGCUUAGUUCAAACAAUGACGAUGAUGAGCUUUGAUCAAAUGUAAUUUAUUCGUCAGUGUCAACUUCAUCGCCUGGAAAUAUUAGUUUAAAAAAAUGAUUUUCAAAAACAUGGCAAAAAAAUUUGAAAUGUAUAGUUUGUAAUUAUAGUAGAACAAACAGACUUAUGAUUUAGCAAGAGAAUGCUGGAGAAAUAUUUAUAGAUUAGUAUUUAUAGUCAUUUUAUUGAAAUGUUAUUUUAAAUCAGUAAACCAAAAUUGUUAUGAGUAGACCAAACAUGCAAAUCAUAAACAC